AUGGCAAAUCAAUUAGAUGUAUUGGCAACAAUUGAAGCUAAUCUACAACAAGCAAUACAACGUAAAAAACCACAAGAACAAAUAAAAACAUUAAAAUUUGAAUUUGAUGGUCAAAUUCGUGCAUGUUGUUUAUCAAAAUCAUUUACAUAUUCUGAUUUACUUCAAUGUAUUAAAAAAUUAUUUGGUCAUCGUAUAUUAUUAUCAAUUGAUUUAAUUCAAUGUUUAUUUUCACGUGAUAAUAUAUUACGUUUAUCAAUAACAAAUGAUGAAGAUUUAAAUAAAGUACUUGCUAUAAGUGAAAUAAAUGGUUCAAAUAAACUUAAUUUUCUUUUAAUAAGAAAAAAAUCUCAUAUAAUAUCUCAAAUAAUAUCAAUGAAUAAUUAUGAUGAUUCAAGUUCAAUAUCUGAUGAUGGACAAACUAUUGAAUUUGAUGAUACUAGUCUUGAUUCACCACCACCAGGUACAAUUACAUCACAAAAAUAUCGUACAACAACAAUACCAAAAGAUGGAGGAAUUUUUAUUCCAGAAUCAAGUGAUGAUACAUAUUCAAGUGGUGGUUCAUCUGUUACUAGUCGAGAAUCAAGUGGAAGUGAACAUAAUUCAAGACGACGUUUACGAAAUACAUCUUUUGUUAGACUUCGAGCAUCAUCAUCGAAUACAAGUAGUGGUAGUGGAAUAAAUUCAAGUAGUAGUUCAUCUCAAACAAAUUUAUGUGAAUCUUUACGUACACAAUGUUCUUGUUCUGGUCAACAAUAUAAAUCUCCACAAACACCGACAAAUUGGAAAUUAGGUCGACAAUUAGGACAAGGUGCGUUUGGCCGAGUUUUUCUUUGUUAUGAUGUUGAUACUGGUAGUGAAUUAGCAAUAAAACAAAUUUCUAUUCGUGGACUUAAUUCUGAAACUACAAAAGAAGUAAAAAUUCUUGAAUGUGAAAUCAAUAUAUAUAAACAACUUGAUCAUGAACGUAUUGUUCGUUAUCAUGGUGCAUUACAAACAGAUGAUUAUUUCCAAAUAUUUAUGGAAUUUAUGGCAGGUGGAUCUGUACGUGAACAAAUAUUAAAUUAUGGUGCAUUAACAGAACAAUUAACAAAAAAAUAUACAAAACAAAUACUUGAAGGUCUUAUAUAUUUACAUGAAAAUCAUUUUGUUCAUCGUGAUAUUAAAUGUGCUAAUAUUUUAAGAGAUAUAUCAGGUAAUAUUAAAUUAAGUGAUUUUGGUACAUCAAGACGACUUAUUGCUAUUACCAAUCAAAAUCAACCAGAUUCAGGAACUAUUGGGACAGCUCAUUGGACAGCACCAGAAAUAAUUCGCGGAAGUAUUUUUGGACGUAAAGCAGAUAUUUGGAGUCUCGGUUGUACAAUAGUUGAAAUGCUAACUACUGGUCCUCCAUGGCAAAAUUUACAACCAAUUGCAGCUAUAUUUCAUAUAGCUACUUGUGAAAAACCUGAAUAUAAAUUACCAGAAAAUGUAUCUCAUUUAGCGAGAGAAUUUAUUGAUACAUGUUUAACAAAAGAUUAUCAUCAACGACCAACAGCAAUAGAUCUUAUGCGUCAUCCAUUCUUAGAUAAUGUUCAUUUUCAUCAUUGUCAUCAUGACUCUCUUCAAUAG